UGGAACAGAGGAGAGCGCUUCUCAGUGGGUUCCAACAGACUGCCAGGUGGGGCUCAGAGGACCAGCCUCUCCCACUGUCUCCUGAGCCCAAUCUUCUUGGCCAUCACCUUCCCCCUGCUCUAUGGCGGCUAUCACCGAUCUCUCCUUUAUGUAUCGCUGGUUCAAGAACUGCAAUCUGGUCCGCAACCUCUCAGACAAGUACGUCUUCAUCACGGGCUGUGACUCGGGCUUCGGGAACCUGCUGGCCAGGCAACUGGUUGAUCGGGGCAUGCGGGUGCUGGCUGCUUGCUUCACUGAGGAGGGGGCUCAGAAGCUUCGGCAGGAUACCUCUUAUCGGCUGCAGACCACCCUGUUGGAUGUCACCAAGACUGAGAGCAUACAGGCAGCGACCCAGUGGGUGAGGGACCAAGUGGGAGAGCAAGGCCUCUGGGCCCUGGUGAACAAUGCUGGUGUAGGCCUGCCCAGUGGACCCAAUGAAUGGCUGACGAAGGAGGACUUCAUGAAGGUGAUCAAUGUGAACCUGGUGGGACUGAUUGAAGUGACCCUCCAUAUGCUGCCCCUGGUCAAAAAAGCUCGGGGCAGGGUCGUCAACAUGUCCAGCUCUGGUGGUCGUGUGGCUGUCAUCGGUGGUGGCUACUGCGUCUCCAAGUUUGGUGUCGAGGCCUUCUCUGACAGCAUCAGGCGUGAGCUCCACUACUUUGGGGUGAAAGUCAGCAUCAUUGAGCCGGGGAACUAUCGAACAUCCAUCCUGGGCAAGGAGAGCACGGUGUCCCGCAUGCGAAGGCUGUGGGAGCGGCUGCCUCAGGAGACCCGGGACAGCUAUGGGGAGGAGUACUUCUGCAACUAUACUGACAAGUUAAAAAACAUAAUGCAAUUGGCAGAGCCAAGGAUCAGCGAGGUCACCAACAGCAUGGAGCAUGCCAUUGUUUCCCGGAGCCCCCGAAUCCGUUAUAACCCUGGCCUGGAUGCCAAACUCCUCUACAUUCCAUUGGCUAAGUUGCCCACCCCUGUGACAGAUUUCAUCCUGAGCCGGUACCUUCCAAAGCCAGCAGACAGUGUCUGAGCUGGGGAAGUCUAGGGUGGUCAGUGGAGUGUGGAGGAGGGAGGGGGGUGGGAAAAGAGACUGUAGGGUCACAAGAGGUGGUAUCAGACAUUCUGGGGGACACUUUGCUUGGCUGACACCCACUGCCAGAGAAUUUAUGGAUAACUUCUAGCAGAAGACAAGUGCCUCUUCCCACUCACUGAGGACUCACAGAAACCUGAAGUGGCCUUUGCAGGUGCAAAGACCUACAGCAUGGCCCCAAGAACAUCUGUCACUCAUUCAGGAUAUGGCUUUUUCUGGACCUGGAAAUGUCAAUGGGAGGAAACCGAGCUUCUGCUGAACCAUGAGCCUCUCUCAGUGAUCACUACCACUGGGAAAUACUGCAGGAUAAUCGGGCCCACAGAAGCAUCUCAACCACUUUCCUACUGGGUCUCUAAAUAUGCAUUAACCUCGUUCCCACAACCCAUUAUUUGAAAUAUGUAGUAGAGCAGACAGGGAGUGCAAGAUUAUAUCAGGUAAAAGUUUAUGAUAUUUUCUUUCUACAUAAAUCCCUUUGUUCAUAGGUGAUUGGGAUCCACAUAAAAUAACAUUCAUUUAUUUCAUCACCAUUGAUUAAUCUUUUUCAAAUAUUUAUUGAGUGUCUACAACAUACCGGGCACUAUGUAAGUACUGGAAGGAUAUAAAGAUGAUUAAAUCAUGGUCUUGGGUUUUUUUUAUUGUUUAUUUUGUGGUUCUGUUUCUUAGCAUAAUAUCUAGUAGCAGAGAUAGGACAAACAGUGAUACAAGAAACAGAAAGCAGAAAAUCACAUUUUUAGAGCUAGGUGGAACCCAGAGGUCAUCCAAUCCAGUAGUUCCCAAACUGUACAUUGUAAUCGCCUGGUUAAUUAAAAACAUAGAUUCCUGGCCUCAAUGUUAGAUUAUCUGAUUCAGUGGCUUGAGAUGGGGCCCAGAAAUCUGUGCUUGUAACAAGGUGAUGAGUCCGAUGUCUGUGGGUGCUUGAGAACCACUGAUAGCUCCACAGUAGUACUGAGCUCUCAGAGGGGUAAGUGACCUGCCCAAGGCCUCCCAGCGUGAUGGCCAAGACAAAACUCAGGUGUUCAGAUUCCCAGAGUUAAUAGUUAUAGAGAAUACAUUUUUGACAUUUGUAACAUUGUCAAAUAAGCCAUGAAACUAAAUUAAAAAAAAAAAAAACCUUAAAUUUCUAAGUCAUGUGAAGUUCUAUUGAAAAGACUUUUUUUUUUUUUGAUCUUGAGGAAUGGUUAUGUAAUAAAGGUCAAAUGUGAAUUUUUAAAAUUAA